ACCAGCAGUAGCCUAUCUAUGUAAAGGGGAACUGGCAAAGUGUGGAUGGGUCAUUCAAGGCAACACGUGGAAGGAGGGGAAGAGGGCUGAGGAGGCAUGAAACACGAGAGGCAGGGAUGGAUAAUGUUGAGCUACCUCACUCCCUCAGAGUAAAUCUCUCACCAGCUCAUCAGUGGCCGAGGAGGACAGGCUUACAGCGGGCUCACGACAGGACUCCAAAAGGGAGUCUUCCAGCUCUGAGUAUGACAAAGAAGAAACAAUGCCAUCAGGAAUAAAUUGGAUUUAAGAGAACCUCAAAUUGACUUCAUUUGGACCCCUUGACCAAGCUCUUUGAAACAUCUUGAGUACUCUUUCUCUGUAAUGGCGUGCUGUCCAAUGCCUUUCCCUGUAUCACAAAUGAAAAACCCAGCGUGACUUUUCCUUCCGCUCGGAGUCGUAUCUUAAACCGGAGAACAGGAACCAUGGCUCUGCAUGAGUCUCUCUCCCGGCCCACCCUGCUGCCCCCCGCCCUCCUCUCCUCUGUGCUCCUGCUGCUGCUCCGCCCGGCGCCAGCCCUGGGGGGCUCCGACUACGACUACGGAGCCCACCCCCGCUUCAUGUGCAUGCCUGUGCCCGUGGACCUGGACCCUUCCUGCUUCCCCAUGGGGGGGCCUAGCAUGGGGGGGUCAGGGCCCAGUGGGUCGGCGCACCACGGCAGCACCACAGGGUCGCCUCCCCCCAGUGGGUGGGGGAUGACGGACGAGGCCAAGACCACCAUACUCCACCUGCGGGAGAGCCUGGUCCAGCAGAAGGAGACCAUCUUGGACCAGAGGGAGACCAUCAGGGAGCUCACCGCCAAGCUGGCCCUGUGCGAGGGCUUCGGUCACCAUGCCGACGAACAUCACGGCACCGCGGGCAAGCACUCCCGCCACGGAGGAGGAGGUCGCCCUACCUUUGCUGACAACGGGCCGCAUCACGGCUCCCGACAGGGUCACCAUGGUAACCUCGCACCGGAGGCGCCGCACCACCCGCCGGUCAGAGGUCACGGCACAAACAACAACAACCAGGGGAAGGAUAAACACACGACGGCGGGGGAGGCGAGCUCGUCGCCGGAGCAGAUGGAGAAUAUGCUGCACUCACUGAAGGACCGGCUGGAGAACCUGCAGAAGAGGAACACGUCCAACACAUACUCCAACUCCUUGAAGGACCUGCUGCAGAGGAAGAUCGCCACCCUAGAGCAGCAGCUGCAGCGGCGCACUGCGGCCCUCAGCGGCCCGGAUCACCAUGACGACCACGACGACACUCAUCCCGAUGACAGUGGACACCGCGAUGGCGACCACGGCGAAGGGGACCACGGCGAUGACACACACCCCAAAGAACAGCACGAGGAGGAAGAGGGAGGCCACGAAGACGGCAGCCACAGCGACGGAGUCCGCAGGGAGGAGCACGGCGACGGCCACGCGAGCGACGACGACGACCAUCGCCAUGACGACGAGGAGGACGAUGCUGACCAUGACGAUCGCGAAGAGGGCCAUCCCGACGGGAGCCAAAGCGGCAAUGAGGCGGAGAGUCACGGUUUCCCUCCCCACACGGGAUACCGGACAUCAGGGCCCCGCUCGCACUUCCACCACAACAAACUGGAGGACAUGCUGAGUCAGCUGCAUCUGUCAGGGCCUAGCAGGAAGAACGUCAAGAGUUCAAAUGCCUUCCAGAUCGGCUUCCCCAUCAGAACCAACUACAUGUACGGGCGGCUGAAGAAGAGCCUCCUCCACGAGAUCUUCGCCCUGACCCUGUGUCUGUGGAUCAAGGCGGGCACGGGCCCGGGCCUGGGGACGCCCUUCUCCUACUCGGCGCCCGGGCAGGCCAAUGAGCUGGUGCUCAUCGAAUGGGGGAGCAACCCCAUGGAGCUGUUGAUCGAUGAUAAGGCGGUGUCGCUGCCGCUGUCUCUGGGCGAUGGGAAGUGGCACCAUGUGUGUGUGACGUGGUCGACCCGGGACGGCCAGUGGGAGGUGUUUCAGGACGGGGUGCAGAGGGGAUCUGGGGCCAACCUCUCUGCUUGGCACCCCAUCAAGCCUGGAGGCAUCUUCAUCCUGGGACAGGAGCAGGAUACUCUGGGCGGCCGUUUUGAUGCGACCCAGGCGUUUGUCGGGGAGAUCUCAGACCUGCAGAUGUGGUCCCAUGUCCUGACUCCCGGGGACAUCUACAGCCUGGCGUCCUGUGGCAGCCAUCUCAGCGGGGACGUCAUAGCCUGGUCUGAAACCGAAGUGGAACUUCACGGAGGGGCUACCAAAUACCCGUUUGACCCCUGUCACUGAGGGGCGGCCACCCGUGGAAACCUUUGAGGAGCCGAGGACGUUAGGGUUGAAACCUUGAAGGGCAAAGAACGACCACAUUACCUGAACAACAUCUGUUCUUCAGUCACAUCGACCUGUAUUCUGCUUCUUGAUUGAUCGCUCUGUGGCAUCUAGCUCCUUUCCCGCUUUUUAAAACAAUGCCUUCCUUAUGUUUCAAACAUUUUCUUUGUCAUAAAUUGUAUUUAUGUAAUGCAUUACCAUGUACAUACCUAAUGUGUGAAGAGAAUCGAGUUUUACUUUAAUCACACAUACAAUGUGACAUAUUGUCAUGUUCUUAAUUAGAUAGCGCACGAUUCUGUCAGGUAUUUUUGUAGAGGGCUGAUAUAGAUUUUUAUCAUUUAAAUGUGCUGUUAGAUAACUAUGUUGUGUAAUCUGAAUGAGAAGAACUGUGUCGAUUGAAAGGGUUUGGGAAUGAAUGAUCUCGAUUCUAAAGGAAAACUAUUCCUAUGGAAGAUAUACAGCUAAUUUACAAAAGAAACCAAAGAAAUUCCCCAUGUAGUCUUAUUUAACAUCCUAAAUAUGUCAACCCUUUUUUGUAUUUUAAUUUUUUUGUAUUGGAGAACUGUGACUAGUUUGAUGGCUCAGUUAGGUUACGUUAUUUGAAAAAUUUGGCUGGAUUUAGCAUUUCUACAAUUAAUCUUCUGAAAAGUACAUACAAUGCAUAGUUUGAGCAAGAAAAUACCCUAGUGACAAAAUGAUAUAGUAAGCUUACAACUUCAAGAACACCAUCACAGCAAUCAUUUCUGUAAUAGUUAUAUAUAAUUAUAUAACUAAAGGACUAAGGUAGAAAAUAGAAUAUUUUUCACACAAUAUUAGUCAUUUGUUUAUAUUGUUUUCACAAUGGGGAUUGCUCAACAGCUCUGGCCUUGACUGUAUAUAUACUCGUGUAUAUCAAAACGUCAUUACAUUGCAUUGAAGUAGGAUUUCAACAUUUAUUUGCAAUUAUGUGGUAACAUUUUUAGAAAAUAACUCAAAAAAGAAGUUAUCAUUUAUUCUGUAGAGGCCUUUUUUCAAAUUGGUCCCCAAUCAAUUAAACAUAGAUACAUACAUAACUGUCUUAACUUGUCAUUAGUUAGAAUCAUUGUUUCAAUAAAAACACCAAAUUGCUCUG